AUGAAUCCUGGGUGCCCACCACCGGUUGCUAGAGCUGCCAAGUUCAUGUCUAUUGGAAAUAACUAUGUCUAUGGUUCCUACUUUGCAUCUUCGAUCCAAUUCCAUGUAACAAUGAAAUUCAAAUCAGACUUAAAUCGGAACAAUGGACUUCUGCUGUAUAUAAAUCUGGAAACUGAUCCUAGCAAAAUGUUUGCUAUUUUCAUGGAAGAUGGUCAUGUUUGGAUAGCUGCUAGACCCCGAAAUAAGCUAAAGAAAUUUCAGAGUAAAUUAAGCAAUUAUGGAGAUGGCAACUGGCACUAUAUUUCUGCUAUGAGAACAGGCAAAAUAAUGUCACUAAAUAUUGAUGACCGAGAUGAAAGUUCGAUGCAGAUACCUUCUGAUUCUUUCGGGAAAAUCAAUCUCUUCUUUGGUGCAGUUCCAAGCAGUGUGACAAUGCCAAAAAUUAUACCAACAGAAAGCUUCCAUGGAUGUAUUGAAGAUGUUACCAUUAAUGGAAAGUUUUUCAACUUUGCUACCCUAAGUGUCAGUGGUCGUGUACAACUUAACCAAUGUCGACAGGAUCCAAUCAAAGUAAUUCCAACAACUAUACGUCCAACUUUGCCACCCAUUGCACCAGUGGACACCUGUCAAUUGCCUUUGAAACCUGCAACUCCAGUAUCUCCUGUGAAAUUGGGCCUACGUUUUGGUUCAAGUCAGAGCCACAGUUGGUGGGAAAUUGAUGUGUCUCUAAAAGACAAAAAACGAAAUGCUUUCCAGUUCUACUUCCGAACAUUUUCAACUGAAGGCAUUCUUCUAUAUGCUGCUGACAAGAAACACAAUGAUUUUAUUUCUGUCUAUCUGCAAAAUGGUCAAGUAGUCUAUGCCUUUGACUGCGGAAGUGGAAUGGCUAUCCUCAAGUCAAGCAAAAAAUAUAACAAUGGAAUUUGGCAUAAGGUGGAUGUUACUCGAGAUAAAAAAGUUGGACAGUUGAGUGUCGACAAUGCAGUCAAUCCUAGAGUCUCAUCUACUGGCCAAUCUACAGAACUGAAUAUCAUUCAACCCAUUAUUUUUGGUGGAAUCAGUGAAGAAAUUUCAACAAAUGCUCAAUUUGCAAAGAACAUUCCGAUUUCAAAUUACCAGUUUGUUGGAUGUUUGAGAGAUCUGAAAGUCCUCAAUAAAGAUAUUUCUGAUAGUGACGGCAGGGAACACAAUGUAAAACCUUGUUAUUCUCAUGAAGAAAAUGGAAAAUUCAUUGGAUUUGGUGGUGGAAGCAUUGUUGUUGAGGAAAAUUUCACUGUUGGCACAGACAUGGAGCUGUCACUAGACAUCAAGCCCCGAACCAUAAAUGGAAUUUUGGCAUCAGUGUCUGCUGACGAUGACAACUAUUUCUUACUGGAGUUGGUUGAUGGCGCAGUCUCCGCAACAUUUAACAAUGGCGCAGGUGCUUUCACUGUCAGAAGCACACCCAAACUGAAAUAUCACAUUUGUGAUGGGCAAUGGCACACAGUAAAAGUUUAUAAAUAUAAAAACGUUUGCAAAUUAGAUGUUGAUUUGGCCACAUAUGGUCCAGUUGUCGGAACUUCAGGUGUUGCAUUUGCAAAAACAGAGGAUCCGUUAUACAUUGGAGGAAUUCCACGUGGAGAAAUUCAUCCACCUCUCAUGUCCAAUGGUGCAUACGUCGGCUGCAUAAAAAACUUGCAGAUUGAUAACCGCCCGAAAUCGCUGUAUGGAAAAGCCAAUGGCAAUGUUCAGUUAGGCUCCUGUUCCACUUUGUAA